UAUGAGGAUGACAUUUUGAAAAUGUGUUUUUGUGUAAUUAAAAAAAAAAGAAAUAAUUUAAGUGAUGGACAGUCAAAUUAUCGGAACUGGUAGAUAUUUAGAUAUUGUGGACGACACUUGGAGAGAAGAGAGACUUCCUUUUGAGGAUAUACAGGUCCCUGCUGAUGAGUUGCCAGAUCCCGAGACAGAUACUGGAGAAUCACCUUUAACACUCAAGGAACAAGAACAAAGCUGGUCCGAUUUGGCUUUGACAAACCUCAACGACCAACACAAUAACUAACAUGUCUAAAAUUCUUUAAAUUUACACUUUUACACACAAAAAAAUAGCAAAAUCAAAUGUAAAUUUAAAAUGCAUAAAAACAGUUAAAGCUUUCAAUUUUAAU